AAUUGCACCUCAUUUUUGAUAUUUUUCCCGGACUCGUGGUCACUGCCACUUCAUAGCAAUAGAAAGAUUUUUACUGUUAUUUUUUUAUUAAAAAAAAAGACAAACUCUCAUUAUUUUUUUCCUCGCUCACGAAACCCAAAGUUACUCACAGUGCCACUAAAAUGUGUUAGACUUUAGUUACUGAGACCGUAUAAAAAUUAAACUCCUACAGAGUUAAUAUUUUUGUUUGAGAUUCAAACUCUCAUCAUUUUUUACCUCUAUUAAAAAACCCAGGGUUACUCAUUAUGCCACUAACCACCCUCAAAGAUUCAAACUCUCAUCAUUUUUAGCAAUGGUCUUACUAUUUAAAAAAAUAAUAAUAAUAAAUGAAGUUGUAUUCUUUCGUUCAUAAGUCAUGUAAUUUUCUUAAAAUUUUGUUAUAACUUCAUGUAAAUAAAUAUUUAUAUCUAUGUACUACGUAUACCUGCGAGAAUGGUAUCGGAUCCAUUCUCUGAUCCGCCUCCGAUUGCGUGCAAAUGAUCCGAAAACCAAUCUCCAUCAUCGUCGUCGCUCUCCAUCUCUUCACCGUCGCCGCUGCCACGGCGAUCGGAUCCGAUCACUGCGAUAUCGGAUCCCUCCCGGAUCCGAGAACACUCCGGCCCGAUCGCCUCACAGUCCUCAUCAGCGGCUACUCAGAGCACCGCCUCCCUCUCCUCCGCUCCCUCACCACCCUCUACUCCUCCCUACCCUACGUCGCCGCCGUCCUCAUCCUCUGGGGAAACCCACAAACCCCAUCCGAAACCCUAACUGCCGCCAUCCCCACCAGCGACGGCGCACCGAUUUCGCUAAUCCGCCACCCAGACAGCUCCCUCAACGCCCGAUUCCUCCCCCGCGCUGCCAUCCGCACUCGCGCCGUCGCCGUGUGCGACGACGACAUAGACCCUGAUCCCGACGCCCUCGCCCUCGCCUUCUCCCAAUGGCUCGCCCAUGAACGUGCUCUCAUCGGCUUCUUCGCUCGAUCCCACGCCUUCGACCUCGAAUCCAAGACCUGGAUCUACACCGUCCACCGCGACCGCUACUCCAUCGUGCUGACGAAGCUGAUGAUCCUGAGAACGGAGUACUUGCAGCGUUACAGCUGCUGGAGCGAGCUGAGGGAGGCGAGGGGAUUGGUGGAGAGGGAGAGGAACUGCGAGGAUAUACUGAUGAACUUCGUGGCCGCGAUGGAGGGAGGAGAAGGACCGGUGCUGGUGCAGGGUAAGGUUAGGGACUGGGGUGACCCGCGGAACAAUGGAACGUUGCCUGCCUCGAUAUCAGGUGAGAUUGAGGACCAGGAGGAGAUCAGACGGGUGGGGUUGAGUAUCAGAAGAGAUCAUUGGAAAAGGCGAGGAGAGUGUAUCAGAGAGUUUCAUUGGAUGCUGGGUGUGAUGCCUCUCAGGUACAGUUAUGGUAAAGUGGUGGAAGGGGCUGGCGAGCAGGGGCUUUGUAACAAGGGUGGCAAGCUGGUUUACUGUGAUAAUCAACAUUACUAGUGGUACCAACUAGCACGCUAGUUUAUUCACUAUUAUUUAUUAUUAAAGAGAUUUGGAAAAUAUUAUUUUGUCAAAUGAAUGUGUGUAUAUUU